GCGGUGCGUGCCUCUGUGUGUGUGUGUGUGUGUGUGUGUGUGUGUGUGUGUGUGCGUGUGCGUGUGUAGGGGAGGCUGGAGCGGGGUGGGACCGAGGAGCCGUGAUUACAGCUCUCCCCGGAGAAGAAGAUUGCUCUCUCCAGAUGCUUAUUUCUGAAGCACUUGGCAAUCAUCAGGCGGGAGCCGGGAAGAGGCGGCGGUAGCCGCCCCGACCGCGGCGAUGGCAGCGGCGGGCGAGCGGGCGGCGGCGGCGCGGGGCUGAGGGGCAGCCCCAGGAGGCAGCGCUGCCAGCCGGACUCGACCCGACCCGACCCAAUCCGACCCGACCGGGCGCAGCUCUGCCCCGAGCCCCGCUCGCUCCGCGCCGCCAGCCCGCCCGCCCGCAGACACCUGCCCGAGUAGGCAGUAGGUGCCCCAGCGCCGGGACACGGCGGGGGUGACGGCGGGGCACCCAUGCGGUGACCCCCGGCAGCGGCAGCUCCCGCCGGCCGCAGAGUGGAGGUGCCGCUCCGCAGCCGCGCCUCGGGCCGGAGGAGGCUCCCGCUCGCCCGCCCCCGCCGCCGGGGAUGGGUCCCCGCCGGGGCUGAGCGCCCCGCCGCCUCCCGCCUCUCUGCCCGGCGUGGGCGAUCCGGCGAGCAGCCAUGGCAGCGGCCAUCGCCAGCGGCUUGAUCCGCCAGAAGCGGCAGGCGAGGGAGCAGCACUGGGACCGGCCCUCGGCCAGCAGGAGGCGGAACAGCCCCAGCAAGAACCGCGGGCUCUGCAACGGCAACCUGGUGGACAUCUUCUCCAAGGUCCGCAUCUUCGGGCUCAAGAAGCGGCGGUUGCGGCGCCAAGAUCCCCAGCUCAAGGGUAUAGUGACCAGGUUAUAUUGCAGGCAAGGCUACUACUUGCAAAUGCACCCCGAUGGAAGUCUCGAUGGAACCAAGGAUGACAGCAGUAAUUCUACUUUAUUCAACCUUAUACCAGUGGGACUCCGAGUUGUUGCUAUCCAGGGUGUAAAGACUGGGUUGUAUAUAGCCCUAAAUGGAGAAGGUUUCCUCUACACAUCAGAACUUUUUACACCAGAGUGCAAAUUCAAGGAGUCCGUUUUUGAAAAUUAUUAUGUAAUCUACUCAUCCAUGCUCUACAGACAACAGGAGUCCGGGAGGGCCUGGUUCUUGGGGCUGAACAAAGAAGGGCAGGUCAUGAAAGGAAACAGAGUGAAGAAAACAAAACCAGCAGCUCAUUUUCUACCCAAGCCAUUGGAAGUUGCCAUGUAUCGAGAACCAUCUUUGCAUGAUAUCGGAGAAACAGUGCCAAAGGCUGGGGUAACUCCAAGUAAAAGCACAAGUGCAUCUGCAAUAAUGAAUGGCGGCAAACCAGUUAACAAGAGCAAGACGACAUAGCCAGAUCCUCACAGGUGUUGUGACUUACUGAAUCCCGAGUACAGUUGAGUGAUUUAUCCUUGCCAGACUUCCUCUCGGCUGUGUCUGUGGAUCAGCUUGCGGCAAGUCACCGACUUGCCCGUUGCUGUUUCUGAACUGAGUUGUUGCAAGUGGAUAAAUCUCAACAUGUAGCUCUACCCAAAACAAGAAGACACCUGGAUGAACCAGCUAAACUCAGACCAUGGAAUGCCCUACCGGAUAUUGGAAUGCCUUUUUAAUAUCUUUUCUGUGACUGUGACACUUCAUGUGAAUGACAUACUUCACAAGUACACUUGAUACCUUGCCUGCUGACAAUUGCCCAUAAUCCCUUUUUGAGUCCACUUUCAGCAAAAUCCAUGUGUUUAAGUUCUAUUUUGUAGCACACAAAUAAUCAAGUAAUUUCUAGUUAGAUGCUGUAAACCUGUGCUAUUAUGAAUUUCUCUUCUUCCCUUUUUUAUAAGGCUGCUCGCUCCACUGUUUGUGACCUUUUGCAGGGAUUGUGUUUCUCUAUAACUUAAGUGUUGCCGGUGGCUUAGUUUUGAAAGCAAUCAGGGAAUCAGGAAGCCUUCAAAAAUCUAUUAUUACAAAUUAUAUCUAUAAAGAAUAGGAUCGUUGUCUCUGGCUUACAAUAUUGAUUAAAUGUGAAUACUCUUUAGUAAAAGAUACUGUGCUUCUGAGGUUGGCAUUAUAGUGGAGGGAAGAGUGUCAAACACAACCAACGGGGAGUUUUAUGAAACAUGUGUUUGGCAUCCCCCUAUAGUUUCUUUUUGUGUGUGUGUUUUAUACAUAUCACAGGCUUACUGGUAAUGGUAACAUUUGCCUUGCCCAGCGAGCAAGACCCACUCACUUUUGGGAAAGUGGGUCCAAAGAAUUUUGUAGGCCUUGUAGGCCUGAAUUAAGGCUCAUUUUUCAUCUACUAAAUCUUCAUUGUUUGAAAAACAACCACCACCAAUAAAAAAAAAUAAGUAAGACUAAUCAGAAUCGUGCUACCUAAAUCCAUUUCAAAUAUAAUCCUUUCCUGUUUUUAAGGAACUGAACUUAAUGCCAUUGUUAUUUUUGGCUGAAUUCCACACCUACUUAGCAAAGCAUGGGCAAGGAUGUUGUUGUGUUCUUUUUUGCAGCACCAAUGCAAAGGGUAGUUACAAAUUAUAGUUUAAUAUUUCUGGUGUUUAAAAAAAAAUAAAUUUUAAAACUGGACAUAUUCCAAAAGUUUAUUUUUAUUUUUAGCUAAGCAUGCAAAGUCCGGUCCUAUGUAAUUCACUGAUAUCCCGGUAUGUACCUCCACCCAGCUUCCAAGGAUAACAUGCCCACAAAAUCGCUAGAUUGAAGGUGCCUUGCCUUGAUCUCUAUAUACUGUACUUUUUCCUACAUCAAUCUAGAAGAAAUCAAAAACAUUAUAAAAUUGAAGCCUUGGAUCAUAUUACCAGAAACAACAUUAACCCUUUGAGUUUCUCACUUGUGAACAAUUAAGCCAAUGUUGUGGGGUGAAGUGGGCAUGGGGAAGGGAAGAUUUAGAGAACGCCACAGAGGUGCCACUGAAGUUUUUGCAUGCUUAGUCACAGGCUUUCAGAAGAUUAAAAUAUGGGCACUCUCUGUAUGCUUAAGAUGGAAUUUAUUUCUCAGAAAUGGCAGCAAAGAUCAAACUGUAUCUCAGUCUGGAAAACUGUGUGGCCUCUUGCUGUUACCUUGAUAUUUAAAGACAAAAAGAGGAAACCAUCCGUUCCCUUUUUAGCACUGUAUUUCUGUCAAUUUGUUUUAUCCCAUCUUUGUGCUGAAGUCCCUAAGAGAGGCUGAUGGUUCUUUCAAACUCCCUCUCUGCUCAGCUGAACAACUGAUUCAGUCUGAAUGAACUCUUCAUACUAGUUUUCAAAUGUGUUCUGUUUUUAUAAGAAACAUUUAGUGCACUCUUCAAGGAGGCUACUGUAAAGCUGCUAAAUUCUAGAUAAACUUUUAUUUUUUCUGUAAGUCAGACUUCGUUUUGUAUAUGUGCUAUGAGAACAGCAAGCUAAUGCUUGAUGUUGGGUCUUUCUAGGGAGGGAAUAAGUUAAGCAUGAAGCCCUCUAUCCAUGUAGGGGAAAAAAAUACAAAC